UAUAGCAGCCAUGGCCUUCCUCUUCUUCUUCUUCUAAUAUCUUCCAUGUCUUUCCUCUUACUCCGUAGUAUAGCAGCCAUGAGUCAUCCUCUGUUCUUUUCUUUCCUAUUUAUCUUCCUUAGCCCUCUUAACAUCCCGCACACUUUUGCAGCCAAUUCCAUCUCUAUGAACCACCCUCUCUCAGGAAACCAGACCAUAAUCUCACAAGGUGGCAAUUUUGUGCUAGGCUUCUUCCAGCCAGGUAACAAAUCCGCCCACAACUACUACAUAGGCAUCUGGUUCAACAAGGUCUCACAGCUCACUCCAGUUUGGGUAGCAAACAGGGAGACACCCAUCUCUGAUCCAACCUCAUCAGAGCUCAGAAUCUCUGAUGAUGGCAAUCUGGUUCUCCUCAAUCAGUUCAAGAUGCAAGUCUGGUCUACAAACCUUGCCUCCAUAGCUUCCAACUCUGCAACCGCUGUGAUCCUAGACUCUGGAAACCUUGUUCUUAGAGACGACUCUGACCCAUCCAAAGUCCUCUGGCGGAGCUUUGACCACCCAACUGACACAUUGUUACCUGGAUGCAAGCUUGGAAUGAACAAGGUGACUGGAGAGAGGCAGCAUCUCAGUUCCUGGAAGAAUUCUGAUGACCCUGCUCCUGGGAUCUUCUCUUUUGGGAUAGACCCCCAUGGUUCCAGCCAGUACUUCAUAGUAUGGAACGGAGUCAGGCAGUAUUGGAGCAGUGGAUAUUGGAAUGGACAUCUCUUCACUGCUGUUCCUCAGAUGAAAUCAAAAGAUAUCUACAACUUUGAGUAUGUCUCCGAUGCGACAGAGAACUACUUCACCUACUCUCCUAUCGAUGAUAAGAUGAUCUCGAGGUUUGUUAUGGGUACCUUAGGGCAAGUCAAGCAGCUGACCUGGCUGGAGGAAAACCAGCAGUGGAUGCUGUUCUGGUCUCAACCCGAACGUCAGUGUGAUGUCUACGCUCUCUGUGGUCCUUUUGGCAGCUGCAAUGAGAAGAGCCUGCCCUUCUGCAGCUGUUUGAAGGGCUUCAGUGAGGCUUCUCCGAGCAAUUGGGAUUUGGGCGAUCAGAGUCAGGGCUGCGUGAGAAACACUCCAUUGCAGUGCAGUACCAAGAGCUCGGGUCAUGGGGAUAAAGAUGAGUUCUUUAUGAUGCCUGGUAUGAGAUUGCCCAUUAAUAACCAUUCUGUAGCAGUUGCUAGUAGUGAAGAUUGUGAAUUAGCUUGCUUGAAGAAUUGCUCUUGUACUGCUUAUGCUUAUAGUAGGGGAUGCACUGUAUGGUAUGGAGACUUGCUUAAUUUACAACAGCUGUCAGAUGGAUCGAUCGGGGAGACCCUUUACCUCCGUCUAGCUGCUUCGAAGCUGCCAAAUAAAAAAUCCAGUAAGGAACUACUUAUUGGAGCUGUGGUGGGUGCGGUGGUCAGCAUUUUAGCAUUGUCUGCAAUUGCUUCUUUCAUGCUGAUUUCAGGAUAUCGACAGAGAAGAAUGAUUGGUAUUGCAAAAGCCAUGGAAAAUAAUUUGGUGCUGUUUAAGUAUGGUGACCUGCAGCGAAUAACCAAAAAUUUUACAGAGAAAUUAGGGGGAGGAGGUUUUGGUUCCAUCUACAAAGGGCUCCUACCUGACUCGACUGUCGUUGCUGUAAAGAAGCUUGAAGGUCUUCAUCAAAGGGAGAAGGAAUUCCGAACCGAGGUGAGAACUAUCGGACAGAUUCAGCAUGUUAACUUGGUUCGCCUUCGUGGAUUCUGUUCUGAAGGGACUAAAAGGUUGCUGGUCUAUGAUUAUAUGCCAAACAGUUCUCUAGACACUAUGCUAUUUCAAAGCAAUUCCACGAUUUUGGAAUGGAAAACCAGGUACCAGAUUGCCCUUGGAGCCGCUAGAGGAUUAGCUUAUCUCCAUGAGAAAUGCAGGGACUGCAUCAUACAUUGUGACAUCAAACCAGAGAAUAUAUUCCUGGAUGCCUCUUUUGUACCAAAACUGGCAGGUUUCGGUCUUGCAAAGCUUGUGGGCCGUGACUGCAGUAGAGUUCUGACGACAAUGAGGGGAACCAUAGGCUAUCUUGCACCAGAAUGGAUCUUCGGUGUGCCUAUCACAUCCAAAGUUGAUGUUUAUAGCUAUGGGAUGAUGCUUUUGGAGAUCAUAUCAGGCAGGAGAAAUGCAGAGCAAUCAGAAGAAGGAAAGAAUGCCUUUUUCCCUGCAUUAGCUGUUCAUAAAGUUACAGAAGAAGAUGUUCUUAGCUUGUUGGAUCUCAAGUUGAAUGGUGAUGCUGACUUGGAAGAGCUUGAUCGAGCCUGUAAGGUUGCUUGUUGGUGUAUUCAGGAUAAUGAGUUUCACCGGCCAUCAAUGGGGCAAGUUGUUCAAAUUCUAGAGGGUGUCGUCGACGUAAACAUGCCUCCUGUUCCAAGGUCACUUCAUCUUCUUGCAGAGAACUUGAGAGAAUAGUCUUCUAGUUGGAUUUGUCUUCAGGUCAAAAUUCCAAAAUUCAUAAUUCCAACUCAACUAGCUGUCAACCUAAACUAACGUGUUCAACAUUCUAAGGGAUGAGAGUUUUGAGAUAUUUCAAUUUCCCAUGUUUAGUUUGACUAAGCCUGUAUUUUGUUAGCUUCUAUCCAGGUAUAAGAGUUUCAAGCUGCAUGCUAGCUAUGGCUUCUCUGA